AUGACAGCCCGGCCAUGGACGGAUGACUUACCGAAAUGCAAGAAUACGUGUGUCGCUUCGUAUUUCUCGAGGUUAGGUGGAGGAAAUACGAACACUACAGAUGAUUAUCUCUGUUUUUACUGCCAGACUGAGGACAAUUUGUCACUCUAUGGAGUAUUUGAGCCACAUAAUGGAAUGGAUGCGGCUAGAUUUAUCAUGCAGAGGAUGGCUGCAGAGAUCCUUUUUCCACCACCAUCUUCAACCAAUACUGAUGAGGAAAUUAGGGAGAGAUUGAGAAAUGCAUUCAUAUCUGUGGAGAAAGCUUAUAUAGAGAACUACGAUGGGUUGAUCGCUGAAAGGACUAGUCUACAAUACCAGCUUCAAACAAUAAAUGAAACACAGGCGAGUCCGAGUCACGCGAUCCUGGCGCGGCUGAAGGAGAUCGACACGGCGCUGUCGGGGGGCGCGGGCGUGGUGCUGGCGCUGGUGCGCGCGGGGGGUGGGGGGGGGGCGCUGUUCGUGGCGCACGUGGGCGACACGCGCGCGCUGCUCGGCCGCACCGACGACAACAGCGUGCUGCGCGUCGUGCAGCUCACCGUGGACCACAGCCUGCACAACGAGGACGAGCUGCUGCGCCUGUCGCAGCUCGGCCUCGACGUCAACAAGCUCAGGAACGCACAAUAUCUUGGCAAUCAGACUGGCACACGAUGCUUGGGCAAUUAUCUAGUGAAGGGCCUGUACAAAGCGUUCCCGAACAUCAGCGCUGCCAGCUCGGAACCUGUCAUCGCUGCACCAGAAAUACACGGACCCAUCAUGUUGGAUGAAUCUUGCAGAUUCCUCGUCCUAGUCAGCUCUGGGGUAUACAAGCGGAUCCAGGAAGCGAAAGGUAGCUACGAACAAACAAACAAAAUGCUCUCACAGAUUAUUGUAGAAAAUUUCAGAAAACAUAGUAAUUUCAAAUUAGUCAGUCAAUUUGUUCUAGAAGAAAUCGAAGAAGAAUUUGUAUCCUAUUGCGUUAAAAAUAACUUAUCACCAAAACCUAACACGCAUAUGUCGUUGUUGAUACGUAAUUUUAACUUUUUACCAACGAAUGAUGACAACGAACCUCCUAGCCAGAGUGUGACCAAAAAUGCUUCGGUUCGAUUCAAUCCCAUCGUUCAAUCGAAAUCGAAUACCUUACUGAAUGAGAUCGAUUCAGAGAUUUACUCUUCAGGAACGAAUGAGAUCGAAACGAAUGAUUCCAAUAUAGACACGAACCGUUCUAUGGAGUCUAGUUCGGACACAGAUCCGGUGGCGAAACAAUUCGAUAGGAAUAAAAGAAUCAAAGCUUAUGUUGAUUUUUCUUGUUAUUAUGAGAAUGUGGCUAAAGCAAGAAAAAAUGGCACUUUACCUGACUUUAUUAAUUAA